GCGGUCGGUGAUGUAAAACUCGUCGUCCGUCCGUCCAUCACUCGCAAGCGGCGACUGAUAUAAUGCGACGUUGUUAAUUUUGUGCUCUAAAAUUAAACAUUUUUCUCUUUAAUUGGCUGUGUUGUACCAAGAAUCUAAACAGUUUUGAUUAGUUUAUCUACGUUUUGGUAGAAAUCAGCAACCAUGUCCAACGCACCAACAACGGCUCCGGCAAGUGUCCAACAGCAAGCCGAGCUGGAGUGGAUCCAGAUGCGCAAGGACUACACGGACAUCCAUGCCGAAACGACCCGCGAAAAGAUGGAACGCAAGGUGAAGGAAAACCCACUGGUUCCGAUUGGAUGUGCUGCGACGCUGUCGGCGCUCGGGUACGGGUUGUGGAGCUUCCGUCAGGGUCGCAAACAAAUGUCCCAGUACAUGAUGAGGGCUCGAAUCUUGGCGCAGGGCUUUACGGUGAUGGCGCUGAUCGUGGGCGUGGGGAUGACCUACACCAAGAAGGAUGGCGAGGGGCAGAAGUAAGCGGGUAAGGAUGAUGACUCGGCGUUAUUUUGGGCGCCUCCGGUUCGGUUCGAAUGUUUGAUUUAGUGCUUUUGAGCGAGAAAUUAGCAGGGCUAAUAUAAUUGAUGUUAUCUAACUGUG